GCAAUGCAUGAUGGUAUAUAUUGCUCGUGUCUGAGCCUGAUGCCGUGAGGAACGUCUGUCACACUGACCACACGCCGUCUGGACAGGUUGACUGUGGACGAUGACAGCUCACAUGGGGAGAAUUUAAAAGGGAUAUGGACACGGUGAGGAGGCAGGAGCACAGAAAGGCAAAGCAGAGCCCGAGAAACGUUUUCAGACACUGUUGAACAUCAUGAAGCUACAGACUGCCCUUCUGUUGGUCGGCCUGUUGGGGAUGAGCGUUGCUCUGCCAAUGCAGAUUGGAAUCCUUGCAAGCAACAGCAAUGAGAUCCUGAGACUGAAUGGACUCACUCUUGCAGCUCUUGGACAAACACAGGCGUCUUCAUUAUUCCCCCAGUAUGUGCUUCAGCAGCAGCAGCCAGAGGUGCUGCUCACCCCUCAGGUGAUGAACUUUAACCCGCAGGUUACGGGCCCUUUUGGUCCCCAGGGGCCUCAGCUGCUGCUCCCCAAUCAGGGCAACCAGCUGACACCGAUGUUUGUCCCCAACGGGCAGCAAGAGCAGCUCGGGCCCCCACAGGACCCCAAUGCUCCUAAUGUCCCUCAGCAGGCCCAAAACCCUGUGCAGAUGUUUCCACAGUUUCAGUACCCUGCGUAUGGAUUCCCUCAGUUUCCCAGACAGCCGGGCUACCGGUACUUUGUGCCUUCUUACGGAUACCCCCAGCAGAGGAACUCUGUGGUGCUGCAGCCCAACACCGCUCAGCAGAACCUGGAGAAAUCCACACAAAGGCCACAGCUCCCUCUGCAGCAAGCGACCCUGCCAAAGGUGCAAACAGAAAGAACAUGGCCACUGGGGACACAGAAAGAGACGACUACAAUUCCUCCUGAUCCUCGUGGCGAUGCGUCUGGUCCUGGGAUUGAUGAGGGUCACUCCAACUUCCCUUUCCUGUUUGAGCCCUAGACAAGGUCACCUGGGAAAUAACAUGUGAUCCAGGAAAAAAACCCGAUUUCCAUGUGUUGGGUUUAUCUGUCUUCUAAAUGCAAUUUAUUUGUGUUUGUAUAAUAAACUGAAACUAUUUUGUUUCAGGAAUUUGCUUCCCUUUCAUAACAUAUAUAAAUAAAGACAUUUGUCACAG